AUGCUGGGAAAGCGUCCAUUCGGACGUCCGCAUCUGGUGAUCCCUUACACGCUAAACAACAACGACAUGAAGUUCGUGUCCCCUCAAGGUUUCAAUUCUGGCGACCAGUUCUUCACCUACCUCAAGGAUUCUUUUGAUGUGCUCCUGGCCGAAGGACGUGCAGGACAGCCGAAGAUGAUGUCGGUUGGGCUGCACUGUCGUGUGGUGGGUCACCCGGGACGCAUCGCCGCUCUGCUGCGCUUCCUGGACUACGUCCGGAGCUUCGACGACGUUUGGAUCUGUCAGCGCGAGGAAAUCGCGCGUCACUGGUACGACAACUUUUACCCGGGCGAGGCUUCUCCAGCCAAGCUGUAA